CGGUAAACCCAGCUGAUUUGAUUUCAACAGUUUCAGAAACAUGGCCGUUGCUAAGCGAGACGUUUAUAUACUUGGUUUUAUUUACACUAACAGUAAAUAAAAUUUGUAUUAUCCUUAAACAGGAUCUGGAUAAUGGUGGUGCACUGCAUGGAUCAUGGCAUCUGUAGACGGUGUUCGAUCUCCAGAAUCAACCGUCACUUCAUUGCUAGCCACUUCAGGACGACUGAAAAGUUCUUUGCAUCCUGAACCACUUCACAUUAUUAAAUACAAAGACAGACAUUAUGAGUCUGCCUCUGAUGCUCUGGACGCUUACAUCGCAGAUUUUCAGUCUUCUGUGUCGUCAGUGGGGCAGCUGGAGCUUCCGAAGGAACAAAGCACAUCUAGCCUGCUACGCUCAGGAUACAGAAACAGAGAUGUGUUAAAAGAAAGCCUUACAGACCAAGAGCUGAACUUCCUAAGGCUUCCAACUGCUUCAAAGCGCAGAGAAUCAGACCACAUUAGUAUGACCACUGAUGAUCUGCUGCUACUGCCUGUUGACGGUUCUCUUCCUGUGACCCGCACAUCAGCUUUUCUCUCCCGAUUAGAAAGUUCCAGGCUAGAGAACAGCGCGAACUUGAGAAGUUGCUCUCGAUCCAGGCUUGCGGGAACACCAAAUAAGUCAUUAAGUUCUACCUCUGCAUCAAGAACUCUGUAUGUGGAUGAUUUACUGAUGGAAAGUUUAAAACCUAAGCAUGCACCUCUGCAGUUCAACUCUUAUAUGUCCACAAAAAGAGAUAAACAACACCCUGUUACAUCCCAUAAUCUUCCAAGAUGGAUGACCAGUCACAAGUCAGAGAUGGAAUUUUCUGGUGUAACUAGCAUUCCUGAUCUAAAGUACCCAGCCUGGUUGGAAGAAACUGGCACUACUGUUAGCACUCAGAAUGUUCCAGCAUGGGUCAACAAGCUGGAGGGGAAUGCUGAAGAAAGUCAUGAGGAGCUGAACAGUCAAGAGGGCCUCAUAGGUCAAACUGAUGAUAAUGGAGUGCCUUUUAGAGGCGAUAAGAUUGGAUCACUUAUUCAAAGGGCAGAGGAUGUGCUGAAGUCCCCAUUUUUAGGUUUCCAUGUUUCGGAUAAAGAGCAGCAUGGCAGCCCAGGGAACACAGAGGAGCUUUUAGAGGCUGACCGUUCUUGGGACAAUCCUCCAGUAACAUUUAAGUCUCCUGUGCCAGUAGGCUCCACUGAUGAACAAAUUAUAGCUAAGGAAUCUCAGGAAGAUGCAAAAGAGAAGUGUUUAGGCUCAUUUUCAUCAGGCUACAGCAGCAGGAAACACCCGGGGCCAGUUGAAGCCCUUAAACAGAUGCUGUUUAGCCUCCAAGCCGUGGAGCAGAGAGUAACACAACAAAAAGAGGAACUACAAAACAAUUCUAGCAGACCUAUCUCAGAUCCUCUAAUGCAGAUAGAGAACCAUGGCAAUGAUGAGGUUCUUAAACCAUAUAUUAAAGAUUCUGAUUUAGCUCCUGGUGGACAAUCUUUAAAAAGAGCCCUGCACCACCUUGGAAGACUGAAAAACCUUGUGGAUGAAAUGAAUGAAAGAAGGUCUACAGAAUGUAAGGAGGAGGUGCGUAGCAGUUCUGUCUUAUGAUGUCCUCAGGGAAUAUUAGACAAAAUGUUAUAUGUAAGACAUGUAUGUCUGUUAUAUGUGAGUCUGUUAUAAUUAUGAUUAUGUGUGUAUUUAUAUAACAUUGGUGCCUUAUGAUAAGUUGACUUUAACCGUAUUUCAUUAUCGCGCUAUAUUUUGUGUACAGGGUCUGUUUUGUUAUUUGCUUUUGAAUUACAAAACAACUUGAUUUUUAUAUUUGGUGAGCAUUCAUGGUGUGAUUGUUAUGAAAAUAACAAAUGAUGAUCAUUAAUAAAUGGAUUUGUUCUGUUCAGAUGUUAUUAAAUAAUAUGCUUUAAGUAAAAUACAGGAGUUUAAAUAAAGGCUCCAUUUAUAACAUUUCAUGCAGUGUUUUUCUGACCUAUUUGUUUUUAUAGCUAGAGUUCCAUAGCUAAUAACACAUGAAAUUUAUUGAACUACGCUCAGGAAGUGAAAUGGCCAUACAAAAAUGGAAUUGUUACAAAAUAGACAAUGUAUUCAGAGUGAGUAACAAAACUGACGAGCCAAACUCUGAUCUCUAGAAACUUUCAACUUUCCAAGGGAUAAAUUAGCCCUCACCUCCUUGCUCAUCAAACUGCAGCCAUGUUUCACUGUUAUGUAAUCAUUUACUUUACCUCCUGUAGGUCUUUUAGUUCACUGUUACGCCGUAUUUGCAUGCUGGUCUGUUUACACAUGUUUAAUUUUUAUUCACUCUACUUUUUAUAUUUUUAUAUAUAUUAUAAAUAUAUAUAUACAUAUAUACUUUUAUUUUUAUAUUUAUUUUUACUAGUUCUUUGCUAAUUUCUUACCAUCUGCUGUUUGGUACUGUCUCAUUUUAUUUUUGAUAUUAAAGCACUG